GCAAGUUAUUUCCCUUUUGUAUAUAUACUAAACUCACAAUAACACCAGUCGUGAGACGUAAUGCUGGUCAAUGGUCAUAGAGUUGAGACCAACUCAUUCUUCUAAAUAAAUACACAUAUGGAAGACUGCUGACUCAUUCUUCUCACCGUAUGAUGAUAUAAAUAGCCACAAGAGCUUUGAGUUGCUGCCAUACCCAAUACAAGCUCAACUUUAUCAUGAUCAUGGCUUCUAAUUGUAUAGCUUUUCCCAUCUUCUCAUUCACUCUCAUUGUCUUCAUUUCUCUCCUUUCUCAUGCAGCUUUAGCCAACCCUAAUGAUGAAAAAUCAUCGCCAUUUGAUUUCCUUAAGCAUCUUCAAGGAUGCCAUAAGGGUGACAACCUUAAAGGCAUCCAUGAGCUCAAAGCCUACCUUGAACAUUUUGGUUACUUGAAUUAUAAAAACCAAUCCCAAGCCAAUGAUGAUGAUUUUGAUGAUUUGUUAGAGUACGCUAUUAAAACUUACCAGCUGAAUUACCAUUUAAAGGUCACUGGGUCCUUGGAUUCCCAAACGGUGUCCAAGAUGAUGAUGCCUCGAUGUGGGGUGCCAGACAUCAUUAACGGCACCACUCGGAUGAUCUCCGGCAAGGAAAACCACCACCAUAGCUCUACUUCUUUCCAUACAGUCGCUCACUAUUCAUUCUUCCCUGGAAAUCCCAAAUGGCCAGCUUCUAAGUACAACCUUGCCUACGGGUUUCUUCCCCGAACCCCAGUCAAAGCCAUGGACCCUGUUACGAGAGCUUUCCAAACAUGGGCUACAAACACGCAUUUCAGAUUUUCCAAGGUACAAGAUUAUAGAACUGCCGAUAUCACAAUAGGGUUUCACAGUGGCAGGCAUGGGGAUGGGAGUCCUUUUGAUGGACGUGGUGGAAUUCUGGCUCAUGCUUUUGCACCGCAAGAUGGACGAUUCCACUAUGAUGCCGAUGAGGCAUGGACAGUGGGUGCAACCCAAGGUGCAUUCGACUUGGAGACUGUUGCUUUGCAUGAAAUAGGGCAUCUGCUUGGACUUGGGCAUAGCUCAGUGGAAGGGGCUAUUAUGUUUUCGUCUAUUCCUUCUGGAGUGACUAAGGGUCUGCACAGAGAUGAUAUCCAAGGGAUUCGUGCAUUAUAUAACGUUUGACAUCCAAUUCCAAUUUCUUGCAUCAAUUUUAUUACUUUUUAGUAUCACUUGUAUUUUCAAACAACACUAUAAAAUGUAAGAAAAUGUAAUAAAGGUCAAGAUGUUGACUUUGCUACAACAAAUAUAGGCCAUAA